CAUGUACAUGCGCAACCUUCCUUCUCUCUGAGCCCCUCUCUCGCACCCUCUGAGCCCUUUUCCUUUCCUUUUUCUUCUCCUCCAUUCUUCCUUCCUUCCUGUGUGUGUAUGCUGUGUUGCAUUGUGCUGUGUUUGUCUAUAGAAGUCAAAUGUCACCUCAUGUUCAUACCAACUCUACUUCAACAUUCAGCCCUCCUCCUACCCCAACUCCUUCUCCUGGACCCUUGAGUUGCCUCAACCAAAUCUCUCCCCCAUCUUCUCCUACCAACAUGAACAUGGCCUCUACGACCACAAAUGCUACUGCCACUGCCACCGCUACUGCGACCAUAGCCUCUUUAAUGACUAGAGCUACAGGAACAGUCAAAAAACGUUCACGGCCUCAGGAAGAGUUUGCACAACAGGCGCGUAAAAAAGUCGCAGGGGAACUCAUCACCUUUGAUUUUCAGUCGCUUUCAUUAAGCAAUCCUGAUGGAUCGGCAAUACAAAAUAACAUUCAUGGUACGGGAUCAUAUCUUCAGAUAUGUCCUCCAGUUCAACAACAAAGUCCUCAGAUACAACCGCUACAGUCACAGCAGCAGCAACAGCAACAGCAACAGCAACAGCAGUUAGAAGAUUAUCGUAGAGUCAACUUCUUUCAGCAACAACAGCAGCAGCAGCAACAACAACAGCAACAGCAACAGCAGCAGCAGCGUGGUCGUGCUAAAAGCAGUCCAGCUGGACCCCUCUCAACAAGAGGUCAAGGAUCUGUAAUAUCAGCGGCGUAUCCAUCUCAACAACAUCAGCAUCAGUCUCAGCAUCAACAUCAUCAUAUAGAUACCACAGUCAUAAAUCCGACCGGUGUUCCGUCUCCACCAUUGUCAUCGCCGAAUUCUCCAUCAAUCCCUGUACCUCCGACCUCACUUGAUACGAUGAUGAUAAUGAUGAUGGACGAUAGUAAGCUUGAUAUGGCGAGUCAGGAGCAAUCUCAAAGACAAAGAAAUGGUAGCGAUGAUCCGAUGACAGAGGUUGUAAGUGUACCGUCUCCACCAUCUUCAUUAUCAUCAUCAGAGGUCAAAGUCCUAAAUUUGAGACAGAGGAAAUGGAACAGUGUCAGAAAAGAAUGGCAGGAGUGGCACGAAGUCCAGGCGACCCAUACUCCAGACUCUUCAUCUAUCACCGCACAUUUGCAAGCAUCGGCCUCUGAUGGCGUUCGAACCAAACUCACAACGGAUCAGAGUAUGUCUGAACAAUGGACUGGCAAGGAACGCUCGUAUGAAAGUCCACCAACGAUGCCUUGUUUUUCGUCAUCUGGAGGUAGUCUUGGUCGUCAACGAUCAUUCCAUGGAGCGGAAGAAAAACCUAAACCGGAUUCCCAUGGAGAUCAAACUACCGACUCACGAAGCUCAUUUGGUGCUAGGGCAAGAUCGUUCAGCGAGACCAAUAUUUAUCCGUAUCCUCAAUUGCAGCAUCAAACCCAAGGCGAGCAGCAACAGCAACAGCAACAAGAGCAACAUAAUCCGUACAUUUUACCACAGCAUUCACAGCCAACUUCCUCAUAUUAUCAAUCACUAAUACAUCAAAGAGUGGACCAAGCCUCUGGACAAUCAUCGAAUGGGCACCAACAACAAACAGAUCGCAUGCGGCCUGGGCCAUCAAGCAAUAUUCAUCAUCAACACGCUUUGAUGGGUCUGUCUAUGACAUCUAUGGACGGAACCAUGAACAUUCCUAGUGAUCGUUUUUCGAGGCUGACAUCCAAUUCAUCAGCCUCUGCAUCUGUAUCUGCAUCGGGGUCAGCAUCAGCAUCGCCUGUGGCAUCGUUAUCGCCAGUGCAUGCUGGUCCUCAGUCAAUGUCGAUGUUGUCAUCGCCUUCGCCAUCAUCAUCUUCUCAAGGCGUAAGAGCAGAAGAGACGGGCACGCCGUCAUGGAAUCAGCAACUGCCUAGGUCACAGAACUUAUACCACGAGAGCUAUAGCAACAGCGUGACGGUAAGAAAUGGAAAUUAUGGACGAAGUAGUCCAGUAAACAUGUAUACGCAUUACGGACAACAGCAACAGCAGCAACAUCAAUACUAUGGCUAUCAUCAUCAAAGCCACCAAGAAGAUGUAUCAAUGGGAGAAGAAGCAAGUUUACGGUCCACGAUGCCCUCGCGGUCAUCAUCCCCGGCGCCAUGUUUAUCAAUGGCUCAGACAGUUACUCGACCUUUGAGCAUUUCGUUUUCUCACCUCGCAGGAGCCAACAUGCUCGGUAAUCUGUCCGAGCAUGACGAUGAUAUGGAGCUCUGAUUUUUUUUUUUAUCAUUAUAUUUGCUUUCUCAUUCUUUGUAUUGUACAUAGG